UCUGUUAAAACGGUUUUUGAGCGAUCCGCGUAAGUUCGGUUAAUCGGUUUUGUGUAAGCGUAACCAAUUUUGUUCAAUUUCGGGUGCGAAGUUCGUUUGUCCAGGAUUGGGACUAGGGUUGCUUUUGUUAGAGUGUUAUUGUUUUUGUUAUUCGAUUGAUUACGAAUUCCCAGCUGUCGUGUGACUUAUUCAGACAAAGUGACUCCCGAUCGAUUCCUCGCUAAGCCGAAUUUCUAAGAACGGGGGCAGAGAAGGCAGUUAUCGUUGGUGCGAACCAGAUUGUGAAGUUCUUUUCAUUUUAGUUCCAUUUAAGUGAAAAUAAAAGUGUCGCUGGGUGGAUCCCUAUUGAAAUUUAAAUAUUUAAGAGCUUAACGUCUCAUCAUUAUUGAAUACGGAGAAAACGAAAAAAGUGUGUAGGAAGUCGAGGCAGUUGCUUGAAACCGUAAGAUUUAAGUGGUGCAGCGACCGGAAGCGAAGAAAGUGCAAGUGCAACACCGGAAGGAGCCGAUUAAAAGAAGCAGACUGCAGGAUGACUUCCGCCCAAGACAGGAGAGCAUCCUUCGCUCGGAGGGCUGAGAGUUUGGUCGAGAGGGUGAGAAUUCUGAACAAAAUAUACGAGAGAUAUGCCGUCAACACAGAGAAAAGUGGAGAACUCAUAGUUACAGUACAGGGUGAUUUAACGCAACAAGAAAAGCGUGCAGUCUUCCUCACCGUUCACGACUUGGGAUGCAAUCAUGCAUCCUUCGAAGAGUUCGUGAACAGUGCGUGCAUGAUCGAAAUCAAAGAACGAUCCUGCUUCAUCCACAUCGACGUUCCAGGACACGCAGACAAUGCACCGAAUCUACCAGAUAGCUUCCAGUUUCCCUCGCUGCAGCUGCUGGGCGAAGAGCUGGUCACGGUUCUGGACUUCCUGCACGUGAAGUACGUCAUCGGGCUGGGCGAAGGCGCUGGCGCCAAUGUCCUGGCCCGAUUCGGACUGGCCCAUCCUUCCCGCUGUCUGGGGCUGAUCCUGAUCAACGUGACCGGUUCCGCGGCUUCCGUUUUCGAUGCCUUCAAGACCAAAUUUAUCAGCUGGAAGGGCGACGAAAUCGGACAAUCUGCCGAAACGUUCCUGCUCUAUCACAAGUUCGGUUAUCAACUGGUGGGUGACAAUCCGGACAAGGAGAAAAUCGUCACCGAAUUCCAGAGCCGAUUGCACAGUUCGCUCAACAGCAAGAAUUUGAAGCAAUAUGUGAAAGCAUUUACCAGCCGUAAGGAUUUGCCGCUGAAAAACUGCAAAGUAGAUCUGCUGCUGAUUACCGGAGUGAUGAGCCCUUAUGCCGGUGUGGUGGAGAAGCUGUACAAGGACCUGAACAAGGAGAAGGUUACCCUACUGAAGGUGGAACGCGCCGGUGAUGUGCUGGCUGAUGCUCCCGCCAAGGUUGCCCAAUCGAUCCUGCUGUUCUGCAAGGGCCAAGGUCUACUGACCUCAGUUGCUAUGCCGGGCGUUGACAGAAGCCGAGCCUUCUCGACAAGCUCCGGCGGCUCCAACGACGGAACCCCGGGAGCCCGGCGGCUGUCCCGGGGAAUGUCCAUGGAGGACUACGACAAACCGAACAUCAGACGACUCAGCAUCACCGUCAGCGAGCAGCUGCCCCCGAUCAAAAAGUGAACCUCGAAGCGGGCUUCACCUGAUCCCAAGCGAAACGACAUCGGCGAUAGGCAGCCAGAGUAAUUUUCCGUUUGCACUCUACACAUUAAUGUGUUGAAUCCAACCCUAUUUUAAUCGAAAUUGUUACGAGGGAAGAUAAACCAGAGAAAAAACUCACACAUACAACCACAUAAACAUUUAAGAACAUUUGCAUGCAUAUUGAACAUUCUUAUCGUUAAGUCGGAGGAGACGAGAUACAAAAAGAGAGAACGGAAGAAAAGCAAGAAACUCUGAUAUCAAUUUUAUAGAUGUACGUAUUUUUAUCAUCAAGACAACAACAACAGCAAAUAUAGCAUUGAGUAUAAAUCCUGUAACCAAAAAAAAGUUCGUUCAAAUCAAAUCAUAAUCAGCGACAUAAACACAAACAGAGGAAACCACACAUUAAAGGAAUGAUUGUAAACAAACUAUUCUAAAAUUAAGCAAAAGUAUAUUGAAAGUGAAUACCAAUUGGACCCUACAAUUUUAUAAUCAAGCAACAAAGCAAAAUGAAACCCUAAGUCUCUCCAGAGUGUAACGAAACUCAACCUUUAAAAAAAACAAAAAGAAACAAAAACAAAUCUUGAAACUGAUCCCACAAAGCCCAAAUACAGAAACAAUUCUCACACAAACUAACGAAAACCCUCAAGCAAGACGGUACUACUACUGAAGCGCAAGAAGCAAAACCAAACGCAAAACUUCUUUGAUAAAUGAUAUUUUUCUGGAUUUCCAACAAGAGCCUAUAUACAAUUUCUUAUACCAAAAAAUGAUAAAAACAUAUAAACAAACACAACGGUUUGAUAAAGUAAAUAACAAAGAUUAACGAAGCCAAGAAAGGUGCGUAUUCAAAUAUAGUUAUUUAAAGAAAACGUUAGCCAUGUAAACUCGUAGUAAGUGACACUUUACACAACAAAAAAAAUCAACAUAACACUACCUAUUAUUAUGUGACAUAGCAACGCAAACAUCUAAAGCAACAGAGUAAAUAAUAACGAUAACAGUACUAGAGUAGUAGUAAUGGUAGAGUUCUAGAGAGCAUUAACAAGCAACAAACUAUCAGUGAUCCAUAAUAAUCCCCAAACGGCUAAAGCAAAAGCUAAUUGUACCGAAAACGAAAACAAAAAACAAAACUAUUGCUAAAACUUUGUUGAUCAAAGAAGGCCAAUCUUUUUAAGGAAUAUAAACAAAAACAUUCAAUGUACCGCUGUGCGCUUGGACUCAAAUUUUUGUUCGUGAUCACUCACGAAUUUCUCUCUCUAUUGAAUCGCGUUCACUCAAAAGAGAGACGAUUAUGAAAGCGCUCUGUAAUGUGCGUCACUCUCCAAGAGCAAUCAAAGAUGACAGAUCUAACUGGUACAGUUACAAAUUUGAUAUCUGGAUGGAUUUUUAACUUCAAAUUUGAGCUGUUAAAAAUGUUACUUUCGAUUUUUUUUUUCAUUAUUGUUGAAUUUUCUUUGACGGGACCAGCAUUUCAAAUAACUACGACGUUAGGUUUUCUAAACAAUCAAAAAUAAGUUCAAUUUAUUAAAAAUAAAAUAUUCUUUGAAAAAACUUCAUUUCAAAUGAUCCAGAGUUAAUCGAAACAAAAACAAUCAACUGUUAAGAAGAUUUGUUACUCAACACUGAAAAAAACUAUCAAAAAUGUAAAAGUGCUUAGUAAAAAUUGUUAUGGAGUCUAAUUUUUGACCACCAAAUUUGGGAAACCGCCUUUCCGAAUGGAGGUUAACAAAAAAAACACAACAAAAACAACUCUUUAAAUUUAGAUCGCGUACUAGCAAUUGGUAAACAACUUGUUCUAACGAAAGAAAAACUAUUAAAAAAACAAACACAUACGCAAUGUUUUACUCGAGGUUCGAGUUCGACUAAAGCCAAAACCAAACCUAAAAAAGAACAAGUAAAAUUUAAUUGAAUAAUAUCGAUGUUGUGUUAGAAAAAAAAUCCCACCGGAGCUUUGUUGUGGGUGUACUACGGAUAUUCACCAAAAUUCUUUGUUCCAAAAAAGAAACUCUGUUACAGCUUUGAUUGGUUUCAAAUCUAUUAGAGAGACACGUUUCAAAACACAUCACACCUGCACCCUGUUACCUUCAUCCACUCACCGAACACUUUUGUCAUCUUUUUCCAUGUAACAUCGCAAUCAUCUCUACUACAUCGAUGAUAUAAGUUGCUGAAGUAAAUGAAAUGAAAUAAAAUUAUUUUGAUGGUACCACACAAUUUAGACAAUUUAAA